UCAGCCCCCAUGUCGACCGCAACCCCCUUGCAGGUGCGUCAGAACUACCACCAGACCUCGGAGGCCGCCAUCAACCGCCAGAUCAACCUGGAACUCUACGCCUCCCACGUCUACCUGUCCAUGUCUUACUACUUCGACCGCGGUGAUGUGGCUUUGAAGAACUUCGCCAGAUACUUUCUUCACCAGUCUGGUGAGGAGAGGGAACAUGCUGAGAAACUGAUGAAGCUGCAGAACCAGCGCGGUGGCCGCAUCUUCCUUCAGGACAUCAAGAAACCGGACCCUGAUGACUGGGAGAGUGGACUCAACGCCAUGGAAUGCGCUUACCACUUGGAAAAAAAAGUGAACCAGUCUCUUCUGGAACUGCACAAACUGGCCACUGACAAAAGUGACCCCCACUUGUGUGACUUCAUUGAGACUCAUUACCUGAACGAGCAGGUGAAAUCCAUCAAAGAACUGGGUGACCAUGUCACCAACUUGCGCAGGAUGGGAGCCCCAGAAUCUGCCUUGGCAGAGUAUCUCUUUGACAAGCACACCCUGGGAGACCUGAGAAGGAAAGUUAAGCCGUAG